AUGAUCGUCCGGUGGCCAAAAAUGGUGCGACCUGCCAGCGGGUUGCUGCUGUUCGUGAUGCUGUUUGCCGUUUGCUUCGAUUUAUCCGGCGGCUGGCGAUAUGAUAGACUGCCUAGACUGUAUGGAGACAAGGUGCCGACGAAGGCAAUUUUGCCGCGUUUGCGCAAAGUUCAGAGGCGGAUCGUGAUGCUGCACGACUCGUAUCGUACCAAGGUGGUGCCACCGGCCGCGAAUAUGCUAAGUAUGAAAUGGCACCACGGAGCGGCUCGAUCGGCACAGAAAUGGGCAAACCAGUGUCGUGCGCUGACCCACGAUACGGCAAAGGGACGCUGGAUUGACAACUUCGGUGCGUGUGGCCAGAACAUCUUCGUUUCGACUCACCGAGUGCCCUGGUUAUUCGCGCUUAGGACGUGGUUUUUGGAGCGACACAACUUCACGUACGGUUCGAGCCGAAACAAUCUGGAAAGCGUCGGACACUACACGCAGAUGGUGUGGGCUGCCACGCAUAAGGUUGGCUGCGGGUUGACCAAGUGCGCAAAGGGUGGCCCCCGAGGGAAGCCGUUCUACAACUACGUCUGCAACUACUGUCCCAUCGGAAACUACGAGGAGAAACUUGGCUUACCCUACAAGCGCGGGCGACCCUGCGGAACCUGCAUGCCAAACUGUUUGUCCCGGAAAGUGAGACUCUGCACUAAUGCGUGCAAUACGGCGGAUCUGUGGGCGAACUGUCGCGAUCUCUACCGAACCUGGCCUGGUUGGCUGUGUAAUACGGCCACCUCGGAGGGGUUGGAGCGUCAACGGAACUGUGCGGCCACCUGCACCUGCCACGGCAAGAUACAUGACUGAAUUCCGUGGGGGAACCGCAAACCGGAACGUCCUUGUACAGCGUGGGGACGAUGCCAUCGACGGUUGUGUCUGGUGCCAUUUCGAGGAAAAAGCCCGAGAGAAAGCGACGUGUGUCCUUGAAGGAUACGGCCGAUAGUGUGUUGCUGCAAUAUUGCGUGUGAUGGGGAUGCAAAUGAUGACCGCUGGGAAGAAUUUGCGUGUUAAACUAAGUAUUAAUGCCCCACGGGUUAAAAGCGCGAGUGUUGUAGAAGAACGAAACCCUUCCAGCAAAAAUGUGUAAUCUCGUUGUGAUGUACAUAGGAUUGAGCCAAAAUA